GCAACCAAUGUCACCUAUGUUGAUGAACUGGAGCUGCGUGAUUUGGAAAUGAUUGCUGAACUGCGACCAGGCUGCCAGAUUGGAUUAGGGGUCCCCCUGAACCAUGCCACAGAUGAGGGCAUCCGAAAUAGCCAGUAUGUGUUCCUGCGACUUUGUGAGCCAGAGGAACAGAAUGAAACUCGGGGUAAUAUGAGCAGUCUAAAUGAAACGGUGAAUUUUUCUCCUGGACAAAUAGGCAGAAGACUUAGUAAUAGCCGCCCACCGGGUGAUACAGUGCCUCAGACAGAAAAAUCAGAGGAUGCAGGGAAGAAUGCAAGUAGAACUGGGACUCCUCAGGAAGGUGGCAUUAUGUCAGGCACAUCAGCAACAUCCUUUGACCCUCAGGCGAUAAACGUCCCUAAGAAAACAUCAUAUUCCCACAGUGGUUCUGGAAAUGAUUAUGUAAUGCCAAAGCUGCAACCAAAUUCCUCUGAUGGCUUUAUCCCAUGUAUCGAGCCACCCACAUCAGCAACAUGCACUAGGCCCUCUUUGGCUGCAGCUGCAAAUGUGCCACAAUCUUCAGGUACUACUAAACCUCCAGCUUUAUGUGUUGCACAGCCAGAGGUCAGUUGCAGUAGUAAUAAUGUAAGGUCAUUACCAUUGCUUACACGCAUAUCAAGUGUCAAGAGAAAAGAAAGUCUGGAGCUAUUUGAUAAUAUGGAUUUGAAAGUUCAAGUUAAUGUAGAUAUUCCCGACCAAAGUGAAAUUAGUAAUCAAGAUAAACAUGCUGCUUCUACAGGAGAUGAAAUGAGAAAAUCUAGUCAUAGCAUAUCUGGCCUUCCACUUCAUGCAGAGGAAACAAAACAAGGUCCCUCUUCAUUGUCAUCUGAAGGCCAGUAUUCUGCUCCAGUAGUUCAAAGCUUGGAAACUCACAGAAGACAGAGACAGGGUUCAGGUGCCCACAGUGUGUCACACAUUCAGCAGGAUUCCAGCAUGCGGUCUGAGGGUGAUGCCUGUAGUAGGGCAUCACCCUCUUUUCCAGUCCAACAUGUUCAUGAAAUACCAGAUGGUAUUUCUGGCAGCAAACCUUUUAGUUCAUCCAAAGAGGUAUCAGCAAAGGUAUCAGCAGAAAAUCUGGGGAAAAGCAUAGUUGAAGAUAGAGCAACUGUAAUGGGUUCCUCAAGUUUUUACCUAAAUGGAAAGGGAGCCUCUGGAUUUGAGAAUCAGACCCCUUUUCAGGACCAACAUGUAGAAACAAAGCAGCUACUACAAAAUGUUAAUAAUAUCAAAGUUCAGACUCCUGUAUUAGGGCCAUUUGAAACUUCUUGCAUAAAACCUACCAAAGAACAGACAAAUUCUAUGGAAAAAACAAAUGAAUUUGAUACUUACAAAGACAAAAAAGGGGAACCAAAAGAUUGUGGCCAGACAGACCUGAUCACCAUUGAUGAUGAGUUUUCUGAAGGGGAUGAUAUCAUUGACCUUACACAACAGGAUCCUGUACCUGAUAGCUCUAUUGAAAAAAAGACCAAAGAUGGAGAACAAGAUUUGAUGGCCUGCUUUGUUGCCAGUUUAAAGGAAGAGGAAAAAGGGGAGACAGCUAAUGAAGGAUCUGCAAAGAGGAAGAGGAAUACUGGAGAAGAAACAGUAAAGUCUCAAAGCUCCACCAGCGUUGGUUUCAAGGAUGUAAAAAAGGCAAGAUUAAGUGCACCAGCUGUCAGCAAUUCAAAUUUGAUGGAAGACUCAGAAAGUGACAGUGAUAGUGGUGUUCUUAAAAUUCAGAGGAAUUGCAAGUUGAAAAGGAGGAUUGUAGUUAGUUCUGACAGUGAGACAGAAAUGGAAAAAUCAAAGUCUUUGAAUGAACAAACACAACAAAAGGAACAAUUUAGAAUAAAGACUGAAAUUAAUGCUUGGGCAAAAAGAAAUUGCCAGGUAGCCAUUGAAAAGCUUCCGUCAUCACUUGUUGAAGGUGCAGUGAGUGGUAAAGAAAUAAUUGAUGAUAAAAAGAUUGGACUGACUGUGCACAUUCCCCCUAAGGACAGCAGAAACAGAAUUCUUACUUCAAGAGAGAACAAAACCUCUGAAAACACAAGCAACAAAGUUUCUUCCAUGGGAAGGAAGCAAAAUAGCAAAAUUGAUCUUCCCUGUAAUAGGUUUGGUCUUGAUGACGAUGAUGAUGAUCUUCCAGAUCUCAAUAAUGAAGACUUCAAACCAAUUCGUGGGUCAGUGUCCUCAGAGAAUGUACUAGUGAGGAGAAGAAGUACUGAAGAUGAUGAUAAAAGGAAGGGGAAAGAUCCACCAAAGGCAUGCAGGAAUGGAAAAGGAUCUUUUGAUAGUCAGUGCAGUGAUCCACCUGUAAAACACCACAUAGGAAAAAAAGAACCUGAGCCUCCAAGCAAGAGACAUAAGAGGCAGAACUCUAGGGAUUCACAACCAUCUGAUGCACAAGAGACCAGAGAUUCCCAAAAAGUAAGCAGAACAGAUAAGAAUCCCAAGUCAGCUUCAGAGGUCUCAUUAUUCAAGGCAGGCAGAAAUUACAAAAACUCUGGGGAAUCCUCUGAUGAGGCUUCAUCUAAAGGAGCAACAAAAUGUGCUGUAGAAACCUCUGCUUCUGUUUUAUCUGUGGCAGGCAGCAGUUUAACUAAUGAAGAUGAUGACUACAUCUUUUGUAAGCCGAGACCAGAUACACUGGUCAAAAUCAAGAAAGAGGUGGUGCAAGAAAAUGUGGUAAACAUGAAAAUUAAAACAGAAAAAAUAGAUAAAGACCAAUGGCAUUUAAACAUUAAAAGGGAGCCAGAAGAAAAGGGAAAGGAGUGUACAGAGAAAAAGAAAUUUCAUGAUACAGGUGAUGAUGAUGAUGUUCUCAUAAUGUAUUCUCAGGUGGAUGAACCUAUCUGGUUGUCUAGUGAUGAGGAGGACUCUACCACGUCAGUGAAUGCAGAUGUGUCCUUUGGCCCACUUCCCCCAAGCCCAGAACUAGGCAUAGAAGAAUUAUUUGCCACAGAAGAUCAGCAGAAGGAGGCAGAAACAGUAGAUAAGGCUAAGGGUAGUGCUGUUACAGAAAUAGAUAUUGAUGAGGAUGAUCAGUGGUUCCCUGUCCUAUCUCAGUCAUUCUGGGAUGAUGACACUGAAGAGAUCAAAAAGUCAUCCAAAAUGGAUGAACCAGUCCCAGGUCCAAGUAGUACCAGCAGCUGUGCUAAACAAAGUGAUGAGUUGGAAGAUGAUGACAAGUGGCUUGAGCUGUCACAGGGAUUCAUGGAUGAUGAUGCUGAUUUUGAGGAUAAGUCUUCCAAAGAUAAAGAUGUAACUGACAGCAGUUUAAAGUAUCGCAGUGUGACUGUAGAAAAAAGCAAGAACAAAGACCCCAGGAAAUCUCAGCUCAUAGAUCCAAAGAUGCCUCCUGCUAGGACAAAGAGUGACAGCCUUCGGAAAAGGGGUCUGGGCACCAGUGAUACUGCCAGCUGGUCAUCUAAACGACGGGGUCAGGAGAAGGCACCAGACACAGACCACAGAAGACUGGAGGAAUCUGCUGAAAAGCAUACUAAAGCUAGAACCACAAAGAUUAUCACCCCACCCCAGAAGAGUUACAAGAAGAAAGGAUCUAGUCUACGUGAUAAUUUGGCAGCAAAAUACAACUUGCAGUCAUACAAAUCAACUGUAGAACAAAAGAAGGAAAACCAUCAUCUUGUCCCUCGACCUGAAGAUGAUAAGAAGAAAGAGUCUUCCCACAGGAAAUCACACUUAGUUACAUCAGAACCCCGGAAAGAGGAAAACAUAUCCGUACAAAAGAAGCCUUCUUAUAAGGAAGGUGGGGACCAAGCAAAAUCCAGGUCAACAGUUGCUGCCAAAGUUACCUCAAAGAAUCGUUCAGAUAAGCUCAUUGACAUCAACAUAUUUCCUUCACCUGAAGUGCCAAAACCCCAGCUGCGGAAAAAGUACAAAAUCCCCAAAAAUGAUGCUACCAAGAAGGCAGAUUCCAGUAAUGAUAAAAAAGAAGGAAGUAGUAAUGUACUGGAUGCAAGCACCAAGAGGACUCCUCCAGCACCUGAAAUAAACACUUUGGAAAACAUUGAAAGGGAGACCAGAUCAACUCCUACACAAAAAGAUUCAGAAAAGGUUACUGUAACAGGUGAUGCAAAGGCAAGUAGCAUUAUGAAAGAUACAGAGAAAGGAAAUGUAAAGGCUAAGAAACGUGUUCAUUUUCCAAGCCGGCUUGAAGAUUUGGAGAAAGUCCUGUACAUAUCACCACGCAAAAAUGCAGAGCGGUUAGGAGCAUUGUCUGUUAAAGCAAAAGAAGUGUUACCCAAAGAACUCUUGUUUUUGAAGUACAAGAUUCCCAACAACUAUUUUGAUCAGUUCAUUUACUUUGUGUGCAGGUGGAAUUAUGACUGGCUUGAGAGCUACAGAGUCAUGCAGGAGAAGCAUGCAAAUGGCAAGCUGAAAGAGGUGAGGCCUCCUCCUAUUGUCCAGAACACCACCUAUCCAACACUCAUAUUGUAUGACUCAUACAAUGACUAUAAAGAAAUUUUCAGCACCCUGAUGUACUAUGAAGUAUGGGAGCAUGUUUACCAGGACUGGUUACAGUACAGAAAUACCAAUAUGUGGCUGACAGCUCAGAUUGAUGUAAUACAACCCCUGGCCGUAGAUAGAGAAGUUAAUGCCCCCAAGUUUUGGGUGGUAAAGGUGAUCACAUUGAUCACACAAGAACAGAGCAACCGAAAUUACCAUCCUAGGCAAGGUUCUCUUGUAGCUUUAAAGCUACAUGAAGGAAAAAGAAGAGUUGUAAUCUUGGGCUAUGUUGACAACAUCAUCAAGUCCAGAAAAAGGAAUGUUACAAAAGAACUGGAUAAGAUGGUGCCACAGGGUGAAGUUUGCCUUCUUCUCUGCAUGCGUGUCACCAAGGACACCAUCCAGACUGUUCAAUUAGGCAAGAUGAUAUAUGUUAGCAAUGUCUCGUAUAUCCGCCCUGCUACAAGAACUUGGGAAGGGUUGUGCAAACUCCCUCAGUCUCCUUUGUGUGGUGACAUACUCAAGCCAUCCGAAGAAGUAUUCAAAUGUAGUCAACACCCUGGAGAGUACAUCAUUCAUGAUAUGCCUCUCAACAGUGUGCAGAAAAAGGCUGUUGUUGAAGUAGGUAGUAAAUGCACUGUUGAUGAGCUGGUGCCAAAGAUCAGCUUGAUUCAUGGUCCACCAGGAACAGGUAAAACACGAACUAUAACUGCCCUCAUAGCCCAGAUAACAAAGUCUAGCCGUGAAAAUAAAAAGCCAUGUAGAAUUCUCCUGUGUGCCCCAUCAAAUGCAGCUGUGGACGAAUUAACCCUACGUCUUAUCAAGCUCAAAGAAAUUGGAUUGUCCCUCCGCCUGGUGAGGGUUGGCGUGAAAGAAAGCAUAAGUACAGAGUUAAGGGAAUAUACUCUAGAUUCUUUUGUACAGAGACAGGUUAAGAUUGAACUUUCCACUCCAAAAAAUGUAUCAACCCGACAAGAAUGGGAAAGGAAGAGGUACAUGGUAAAGCAGGCGGCAGAUGCAUUGGAAAAGGCAAGGAAAGAGAAUAGGAGUAAGGAUGAAAUAAAGGCAAUGGAGACUCGUUUAAAUGAGUUAGUGAGAGGAAAAACAGAGUUUGAAAGAAGCUUCCAUUCCCAGCCUAAUUCACAGGAACGAUUUAAACUGCAGCAGAAGUGGCAGGAGCAGUUUCUUUUGGGAGCAGAGGUCAUUACCGUGACAUUAGGAGGCUGUGUCUCAGGUGUGAUGCAGGAGGUCCUUGGCAAACUGCCUCAUGCUUUUACAUGCUGCAUCAUUGAUGAAGCUGGACAAUGCAAAGAAACUGAAACAUGGCUUCCAUUACUGUAUGGUGUCCGCAAGCUGGUUCUGGUAGGAGACCACAAACAGCUUCCAGCCACAGUCAUCUCACAGCUAGCCCAGAACAAAAAUCUCAAGCAGUCGCUCUUUGAAAGGUUCUUUUACCGUUAUGUGAUAGAACUGCAGAUGGACAAUGUCAUCCAUUCUCUCAAUGUUCAAUACAGAAUGCAUCCAGAGAUUGCAGACUGGCCCUGUAAGCACUUCUACUUGAACAAGCUUGUGACAAGUCCAGAAAUUGUAAUGGAAAGAACGUAUGGUCUGAGACCAUACAUUGUUUUUGAUCUGAAGACAUCUCAAGAGCAAAAAAACCAAAACAAUGAGUUCUACAAUCCAGCAGAAGCAUCGCUGAUCCGCAUUCUCCUAGAGGCAAUUGAGCCAGAUAUUGCACAACAAAAGGUGGCCAUCAUAACCCCUUACCAGUGCCAAAAGUACAAACUUGAGGAGAAACUGGCAAAGUUCUUUGGCAGGAUCAACCUAGUUAUCAACACAAUUGAUGCAUUCCAGGGCCAAGAGCGUGAUGUGGUUAUCCUUUCCUUCGUGCGGGCAAACCCGGAGGCCAACAUUGGCUUUCUCUCUCAGCGUCAGCGCCUUAAUGUGGCCCUAACCCGUGCUCGUCGUUCCUGCUAUAUUGUGGCCAGUCUAAGUUCUCUUGCAAAGAAUGAUGAUUGGAAAUCACUGAUCCAGAAUGCCCACGACCGCAACGUUGUAAAAACCAUCACUCAAGCAGAAGAGAAUGACAGAGCACACAUCCGAAAGCUUGUCCAGAAAUGAGGUACAUGCCUGUGCACAUGUGGCAGUGUGUACUGGUCCUUUACUACAGCUCUUUAUUUACAUUCUUCUAGUGUGCUGUACAUUGUGAUUGGCAUUUUAAAGUAAAGAAGUUAUGCUGUGCCUUUUGUAUGGAGUGAGCCUGAUUUCAUCACAUGCAGCAGUUUAAAAAGGAAAAGAGAAGCAAGCCAGUCUUCAGUAAAAACGAAGGUAAUAGGCAUAAACAAUAGACAUUUCAAGUUUUAAGCUUGAUCCAAGAGAUUCUUGGAAAGAUUUAGUAAAGCUGUGAUGAGGUGUUAUCUCUAUGAAAUCCAUAUUGAAAUAUCAACAUUGAGGAAAGCACAGUGCUAUGAAGGAGCUUUUUUUAUGAUAGAAAUACCUUCAACAUGAAGUUAUGUGAAUGUACUAUGUGAUUGUAUAUUUUUUUACAUUUUCAUCUUUUAGUACACUUCUUGUUACGAAUUGCCAUAGUUUCUCUAAAAGUGUUUCAAGAGAAUAAACAGCAGCACUUAGCUUUUUAAAGACACUAUUUGUCACCUGAAAAGCCCUUUCUUUGUUGAUGUCAUAUAUUAAGAGAAAAAUUUUUGUUUUAUUUUAUAUAUUACAGAUUUUAAGAUUUAGCUAUUAACUUUCUUUUUUUUUCAUUAUUUGUUUCUCCCCUUAAGAAGAGGGCCUAUAGAAGAUACCAAGAUCACUGUAAAGCAUAUAUGAGAGAUAGGAAUAGGUUUUGUCCUUUUUAUGAGACUCAAAAUGUUUUAUUGACUGAUUUCCCCUUAUUUUUUGUAUAAUGUAAAUGUGUUCUGAUACUAAGAAUGAAGCAUUAUCAGAGCAAAAUACUUCAUUGUAGCCAUGAAAUGAAGUUAACUUAAGACUGAUUCUGUGGAAUGAAAGGAUUCUAGAAUUACAUUUUUUAGGAUGCUUAAAUGUGAUAUUGAAAUAGGAAGCUUUAUUGUUCACUUGAUGAUAUUAGUAAGUUUAUUUUUGAAGCUAUAUUUUUCAUCGUUAUACAAUGGACAUUGGACAUACACUAUAUUAUAUGCUUUGCAAAGCUAGAUGGACUACUUACUUCAAUGAUAAAUGUAAGUAUAUCAUGUCUCUUAUGCAAAACAAUGUUCUGAGUCAUAUUGAAUGCCUGUAUUAUUGUUUCAUGUACUGCACUUUCUAUAGUUAUUUUAAUGUGAACUUUCCCUACUUUAAAAUAAAAGGUUUAGUAUAGAACAGUGUAUGCUUCAAUUCACGAGUAGCAGCUUCUGUUCUUGCAUACAAUAUGGAUCUUCAGAGUUGCAACUUUAUUUCUGUAUUAAUAAUUCUUUUAAUAAUAUUACUAACGAGUGCAUUAUGGCUCCCGAAUGCAGUAAAACCAGAGUGGGUUAAAGCAGCAACAUGAAAUAAAGGCCAAUUUGAAAGUGAAAUAAAAGGUGAAAAAUCCAGUGAGCAGUGUAUGACAGAAUUUACAAAAUAAAUAUAAGCUAGAAAAGUUGUACUUGUCUUUUUUAUACUGUUCAUAUUGUCAUAAAAAUAUUUUUUGCGCAUAUCAGACAUGACAUUUAGUGUAGUUGUUAUUUAUUCAGACAAAAUGUGUGAAUAAAAAAAAUGCUGUAAACAACAUUAUUGUAAAUAAAAUCAACACAGUUCAUUUCGAUGUUGGAAAAUAUUGUACAGUGACUUGGAGCCCUUUAUUAACCUUUUAUUAAGGCCAUAGAAUGCUGGAAAAGAUAUGUAUCAUUUUGAUUGUUUACCUCAGAGUUCAUAAAGUAAAAGUAAUAUGUACUCUUUGCUGUAACGAUCAGUAAAAAAGAAAAAAAGAAAAAAAGAAAGAAAAAAAGUACCUAUUUUAGAUACUAAAAUCUGCAAAAAAGGCAUUGCCCCCAAGAAAAAAAAAACAAUGUGAUAUCUCAGUAUUUUAGUUAUGGUAAUUUAUUAAAAAAAAAAAAAAAAAAAAAAAAAAGUAUUACAUUCCCUUUGUUUAAAAAAUACAAACUAAUCUAUGGUUGGCUUCAGUUCUCUGUAGGUUGUAUAUUACAGUUUAUUUGUGUAUGUAUGAAAACCAAUGGGACUGUAAAAGAGUAUGUGAGGGAAUGUGGUAGCAUAGAAUGAAAAAUGUAUCAUCUAGUUGACUUCCAUAGUUGGGAAAAGCAAGUCCUCUUUUUCCCAGGAUGACAUCACUAAGUAAAGGUUCUUUAACCCACAGAUGCUGGGUACAUAGGCUGUUCAUUGUAGUUUUGUUUCCUAAAAUUUGUUAACACAGAGGCUUCGCAAGUACUUACUUGCCAACGAGUCAAUUACUAGGCUUACCUCACCUCUUUACCCUACUCCUGUAAUUUUUGUGAUUGAAAGUGUUUAUUCCUUAUAAUGUUAUUAUUGUUAUUAAUGAUAUAAUCAUUAUUACUGUAUCAUUAUUGUUAUUAUGAUGUUAUUACAAAAAUAAAAAAUAAAUGAAAAAAAUAAAAUAAAAACUUUUCUACAAAAAUUAAAGAUAUAGGGUAAGAGGUAACAUUAGGUAGGAAUGAUAAUUAACUAAAAUCACAGUGGACAGGACAAGUAUACAUGCUCUCCUGGCACCAAAGAGCUUUAAAAUAAAUUCCUAUUAGUCAUAUGAUGAUGAUGCACUUGAUUAGAUACAUGUGUGCAUGGCUCCAAAUGUAAGCAGUUGUUGAGAGAGCAGUUUACCUAAAGGUGCUUUUUUCCCCCCUCAACUUAAAAUGUUGAUACCACAACCUAUUAUACAGAUUUACUUAGAUCCUCUUUUGUUUUUUACACAAAAAUAAGUACCACUAAUGGUGGUCUUGGUCAGUGAAAUUCCUUUCCCUUCUGCCUUUGGUUAUAUAUUGUAUUCUUUGUGUAUUUCCCAAAGUUACUGGCUAUCUUAGGAAGUACUUUCAACUGGAAAUUAAAAUAAAACAGUUAAUGCUCAAA